CAACUCUUAGUCGUUCCUCUUUGUCCCAAGUGUUUUCUCAGAUCCUCAGUUGUUGGAUUAUUGAACUUUAUUUAUUCAUUGUCGGGAACACAAGCAGUUCCAUGUACUAAUAAUUUGUUUCGCAACAAUUUCAUAUAACAUUUAUAAUACAAAUACAGCCAACAAAAUCUCACACAGGAACCAGCGUCUGUUUUAUCCUUCCUUCCUUCCUUCCUUCUACAUUCAGCCAACUCUGGAGGAAUGACGACGUUAGCCAGCUAGCUAUCCGAGCAGCACUUGUGUGAUUAUUAUUAUCGGUAACACAAUUUGGAAUUUGGUUGCUUGCGUGAAACAAUGAAUUCACUGCUGUCUAAUCCGCAAGGGAACGGGCUCCUUUACGCUGGAUUUAACCAGGACCAUGGGUGCUUUGCCUGUGGAAUGGAGAAUGGAUUUCGGGUUUACAACACAGAUCCUCUUAAAGAGAAGGAGAAGCAAGAGUUUUUGGAGGGUGGGGUCGGCCAUGUGGAGAUGCUCUUCAGGUGUAACUAUCUUGCUCUUGUGGGUGGAGGAAAGAAACCUAAGUACCCAACCAAUAAAGUAAUGAUCUGGGAUGACCUGAAGAAAAAGACAGUCAUUGAGAUUGAGUUCUCCACUGAGGUCAAAGCAGUGAAACUUCGGCGUGACAGAAUUGUGGUGGUCCUGGACUCCAUGAUCAAAGUGUUCACCUUUACCCAUAACCCCCAUCAGCUGCAUGUUUUUGAGACCUGCUACAACCCCAAAGGUCUGUGUGUGCUGUGUCCCAACAGCAACAACUCCCUUCUGGCCUUCCCAGGGACUCACUCGGGCCAUGUUCAGAUUGUGGACCUGGCAAACACAGAGAAGCCCCCCGUGGACAUCCCUGCCCACGAGGGGGCGCUGUGCUGCAUCGCCCUGAACCUGCAAGGGACCAGAAUAGCAACUGCAUCAGAGAAAGGGACACUGAUCAGAAUCUUUGACACGUCGGCAGGUCAGCUCAUACAGGAGCUGAGACGAGGCUCUCAGACAGCCAACAUUUACUGCAUUAAUUUCAACCAGGAUGCAUCCCUCAUUUGUGUGUCGAGUGACCAUGGCACCGUACACAUCUUUGCGGCCGAAGACGCAAAGAGGAAUAGGCAAUCGAGCUUGGCCUCAGCCAGCUUUCUUCCCAAGUACUUCAGCUCCAUGUGGAGCUUUUCCAAGUUCCAGUUGCCCUCGAGCUCCCCGUGUUUGUGUGCCUUUGGAACGGAGCCUAACGCUGUCAUAGCUAUUUGUGCUGAUGGCAGCUACUACAAGUUCCUGUACAACCAGAAAGGGGAGUGUUCCAGAGACGUCUACGCCCAGUUCCUGGAGAUGACAGAUGACAAAAUAUGACCUUUCAACGCCCUUCAGGAGGCACCUUUUUUUUUUCUUCUAAUCUGGAAAGGACAAGUGGUCCCUCUGCUGCACUUCUCUUGAAUGACUGCUGAAAGUCUCUGGAUUGUCAGGGCGAUGUGGAUGCUGACUCUUGAACAAAAUGCGAGGGAGAAAGACGGAGAAAAAAAAAGCGAGGAGGUGUUUUGGACAACAGUCCUUUCUUAAGAUGUUUUCCGAUGACUUUCCAGUGGAUGGCUAUUUUACAAGUCGCAUAGAUAAUUCUGAUUGAGGAAUUUUUGUCGACUCACACCACCUAAGUUAAUUCUAGGGAGUGCCUCUGAGUGGAGUGAGAACCUGCGAACACGUAAUGUGUCACAUGACAUGGCUCGACAAAUGUACCACCGCGUGUGUGUGUGUGUGUGUGUGCGUGUGCGCACGCGCGCGCAUGUUGUCCAAGCAGGGUCACAAAAAGCAACCAAGCAUACAUACAGUUGGGGAGUUCAUACUUUAAUAUUGUAUCCUUCACUCUCUGAACACAAGACUGAAGAUUAUUUGCAUACCAUUGUGCGGAAUGAAGUCAAAUUAUAUUUGCCUCAAGCUUCCCCCCCCCCCCCCAUUGUGCAAUAUAUAUUUUUUAUUUUGCCGGUAGAAGUCUUGCUAAGUCAUUUUAUAAAGUAUCAAUGUAUUGUGGCUUUUUGUUAAGAGGUAAUGUAGUCAAUAAUGCAAAAAAUGAUGCUACCAAAAACAGUCAAUUAACCUGGACUACAACCUUGAAAUGGGGGAAGAAGAAAAAAACUGCACCCCCCUUUUCUUUUUAACAUAUAACUGAGCAUGUUCAUGAUUGAUGGUCAUCUAAAAUUUAGAUUUUUCUUCUGCAAAUUUGAGUUAAGCAUGUCUGGAAGUACAGGAGUCAAACCCAUCUUAUGUCUGACGUAAAAAAAAAAGAGGCGGGAAAAUUACUUAAGCCAACUAUGGGUUGUUCCAUGUAUCAUUCCCCUCAACUGUCACAGGACACCUUAUGUAAUAUCAGUACACUGUACUUAUAACCUGCUUCUUUCUGCUCUCCGCCGUGUACAUACAUUCCGCUAAUGCAAAUCAAGGAGUUGUCUUUGUGGCACCAUCAGUGUGAAUGACUUAAACCGGCCUAAUUAGCAGAAAGCUGUACUUUAACAACAGUUUUGUAUUGUAUACAUUUCCAUCAGGGCGGCACGGUGGACGACUGGUUAGAGCGUCUGCCUCGCAGUUCUGAGGACCGGGGUUCAAAUCCCGGCCCCGCCUCUGUGGAGUUUGCAUGUUCUCCCCGUGCCUGCGUGGGUUUUCUCCGGGCACUCUGUUUCCUCCCACUUCCCAAAAACAGACAUAGUAGGUUAAUUGAUGACUCUAAAUGGCCCGUAGGUGUGAAGGUGAGUGUGAAUGGCUGUUUGUGUCCUGCGAUUGGCUGGCGACCAGUUCGUUGUGCACCCCGCCUCCUGCCCGAAGAUAGCUGGGAUAGGCUCCAGCACUCCCGCGAGCCUUGUGAGGAUAAGCGGCUCAGAAAAUGGAUGGACGGAUGUUUCCAUCAGGUCCAUAAGAGCAUUUACACCGCAACAUUUCACUUGUGUUCACCAGAUUGUAUAGUUGCACUGUGUGUUUUCACUGAACAUUGAAGGGAUGCUGCACAAAAGUGAUAACUGAUAAGUAUAUGGCAUUAAGUUUGAUUGUAAAAAAAAAAAAAAAAUCUGCAUUUAACAUUUGUUAAUUAAAUAUAACCGCAGCUUUUACACUUAGUUUGAUGUCCUCCUGUUUGUGCUGUUAUAUAUUAGGCUAUAAAUCUGAUCGGUUUAUCUCUUCUCUGUUUCCCGGUAGUAUGAGUCAGCACAUACUGUAAAAUUCAACAAUUUGAGCCUUACCGACAAAACAACGAAUGAGUAGUGACAGUAAGCACUAUAUAGUUUUAGUAAAGCCGUUGUCACCACCCUGUACCUGACAUUUCCACGACCUAAAUUGCAGUGCACCUCGAAAAAAUCGAACUAAAUUGAACAUUAUAUAAUUGAAAAAUGCCCUUUAAUAACCUGGGGAAAAAUUCACAACGCUUUACUUGUUACCACAUUGUUAGUCAUAUAAAUAAUUUUUCUCAAAAUUCCACAUACAUCCCAUGAUAACAUUAAAUUUAUUUUUUUUCUCAAUGUUGCAAAUGUAUUAAAACAUUUGAAUAAGCAAGCUCUAGGGGUCGAGGAAGAGUUCUGGUGGUUCUGAAUUUAUUCAAUUUACAGAUGACUGAGGCACUGUACCCGUCCCCUGAAAUGUGGGUUGCUGGUAAGUUUCAAUAAAAAAAAUUCACAUUGACUAUGACAACCGGAUUGUGUGCUCAAAAGUGGAUCCAUUUGCAGUGGCUCAAAAAUCAAUUACAUUUCACAACAGUAGGGGGAGCCCGAGGGUCGAUGAAGCCCAAUUAACUGCCAUUGAAUGCAAGACUGAACCGCACCUACCAUGCUUA